AUGUACACCCGGUCAUUCGCGCCCGAAAUCUCGGAUAUUUACUCUUGCAAUUGGGUACUCACCUUCGCCGAGUUGAGUCAACUGGGCGAAACGAAGGUAUCGUACUCCCUUUCGUCUUCUACAAAUGAAUAUCAGUUACCACGAUGGAUUGUAUUAGACGUCUAUCCUUUUUCUCGUGAGCCGGAAGCUUGCGCAGAUCUGAUAGUUUCGAUUGGGUGUGCUAUUGCAGGGCUUUUCAAUGUUACUGGUACCGUGGUGCGUUUGCCAUCCAACAUCAAUGUUUACAAUGUGCGAGGCGCCAUAUCGUGCUAUGGUAAAGUAAAGAAAUGUCGUUACCCUGAGUACUUUCUUUUGGCGAAAUCCAUGCCACUCCUGUCAAAGAAGAUGCUCAGGACGGAAGAGUGGAUGUGGACCACGCCGCCACGGAAGAAGAGGUCGAUGCUCACCCUGACGACGUCUCCGAACGCAGGAAGAUGGUAUUACGGUGCACUCAAACGGACCUGA